CUUCGUCUUUCUAUCCUCAAUCCACAAUUUUAGUGGAAGGAGGAUAGUUUGGCUUCUUCCCCUUCCAGGCAACAAAAAUGGCACACAAACUCUCACUACAUGUCAAAAACCCUAACCUCACAUCACCUUUUCCCUCUCCAGUAAGUUCAAACCAUCACUUACCUCUUCUUUCCCUUGCACCUUCCCUUCUCAACAAAUCUACUCUUCCUUCAAACCUAUGCAUCGCAGCUUCGAGACAUUGUCGCAUUGGAUUCGUAACCACUCGCGCAGUUCAAGAGCACGAGCUCACUGAUGAAUCCGAAGAGGACAAAGACCAAACCAGCGAGGGUUCGGAAGAGGACAAAGAUGAAGAAACGGUGAGAAAUGACGAGAAUAGGGAACUAGCAGAGCAAAGUAUAUGGAUUCAGAUGAAGGAAAUUGUCUUGUUUACAGGGCCAGCAGCAGGGCUUUGGUUAUGUGGACCACUGAUGAGUCUCAUCGAUACUGCAGUUGUUGGUCAAGGAAGUUCAAUUGAGCUUGCUGCUUUAGGUCCUGCUACGGUUGUUUGUGAUUACCUGAGUUACUCGUUCAUGUUUCUGUCUGUUGCUACUUCUAAUAUGGUUGCUACUGCACUUGCUAAACAGGAUAGAGAGGAAGUGCAGCAUCACAUAUCUGUCUUGCUUUUUCUUGGGUUAGCAUGUGGCUUUGUGAUGAUUUUGUUCACCUCGUUAUUUGGUGCGGCAACACUUACUGCUUUUACUGGGCCAAAGAAUGGACAUUUAGUACCUGCAGCUAAUACUUAUGUCCAGAUUCGAGGCUUGGCAUGGCCUGCUUUACUUGUUGGAUGGGUUGCUCAGAGUGCAAGUCUUGGUAUGAAAGAUUCCUGGGGACCCUUGAAGGCUUUGGCUGCUGCCAGUGUUAUAAAUGGAAUUGGCGAUAUGCUUUUGUGCAGCUAUUUAGGCUAUGGUAUUGCAGGAGCUGCAUGGGCUACAAUGGCAUCGCAAGUUGUUGCUGCGUAUAUGAUGAUUCAAACUUUAAACAAUAAGGGAUACAAUGCGUUUGCCUUCUCAAUUCCUUCAGGGAAGGAAUUUCUGUCAAUACUUGGUCUUGCUGCUCCUGUAUUUGUCACGAUGAUGUCAAAGGUGGCUUUCUACGCUCUACUUACAUAUUUUGCUACAUCAAUGGGUACACAUCCAAUGGCUGCCCAUCAAGUCAUGGUUCAAAUCUACAUGGCAUGUACAGUAAAUGGUGAACCUCUCUCCCAAACUGCUCAAUCAUUUAUGCCUGAGUUGAUGUAUGGAUCAAAUCGGAGUUUAUCAAAGGCCCGAUCACUUCUAAGGUCUCUUGUAAUUAUUGGAGCUAUAGUUGGAGUGUUAUUUGGGAUUGUUGGAACAUCUGUUCCUUGGUUUUUCCCCUACAUUUUUACACCUGAUCUGAUGGUCAUCCAGGAGAUGCAUAGGAUACUGAUUCCAUUCUUUGCAGCGCUGGUUGUGACACCCUCAACAGUCGGCCUGGAGGGAACAUUGCUGGCUGGACGGGAUCUAACAUUUAUAAGUUUGUCAAUGAUUGGAUGCCUCUGUCUGGGUGCUCUAGUAUUAUUGAUUUUAAGUAGUAGAUAUGGUUUGCAAGGCUGUUGGUUUGCCCUCGCUGGAUUUCAGUGGACUCGGUUUUCAGUGGCCCUUCUGCGCCUUCUCUCUCCCAAUGGCAUUUUAUACUCGGAAGAUUUAGGCCAGUAUAAGCUGCAAAAGUUGAGGGCUGCCUAGUUUUGGAAUCAUGUUAGUUAUUGCCUAUCAUUUAAAUGUAUUACAAUAUAGUAAUACAUUUCAAAUUAAGUGACGGCUUACAAUUACAUUACAUUUAUUCAAUGUUAACACAAUGCAGUGCAAGAAAAAUACUGGUACGUGUAAUGUGGACUCCUAUUGCAAUCCAUGUGGGGAGAACUUUAGGUUUUGGUUUCUAUAUCAUAUUAGUAUAUUUUAUUCGUACAUAGCAAAAAUUAAAUUAGGAAAAAAAAAACAUGUAUAAAUACUU